AUGAACGAACAUCUACGAAAGAUAUCAAAUAAAGAGCUUCAUACACACUAUCUUGGCAAAGAUAUACAAAAUGAACUUAUUCAACUGUUAGGAAAUGCUAUUAAGAAAGAAAUCAUACAAACAGCAAAUGCAAUGAAAUAUUUUUCAAUAGUUCUCGAUGGUACUCCUGACUGUAGCCAUGUUGAGCAAAUGACAAUAAUUAUUCGUUUUGUUAAAGUUGAUUCAUUGAAAAAGGAGUUUAGUAUCAAAGAACAUUUUUUAGGCUUUGUACCUUUAAAGAAAACAACUGGAGCCUAUAUGGCAGAAACGAUAAUACAACAACUAGAAGAAAUGGAGUUACCUAUUGAUAAUUUACGUGGCCAAGGCUACGAUAAUGGCGCAAAUAUGAUAGGCAAAAACAAUGGUGUUCAAAAGAAAAUAUUAAACAUUAAUCCUCGAGCAUUGUUUGUUCCUUGCAGCGCGCAUACUCUUAAUUUGGUUGUCAAUGAUGCUGCAAAUUGUUGUCUAAUGGCUACAAGUUUUUUUGAUAUUGUCCAACGUGUGUAUGUAUAUUUUUCGUCUUCAACACAUUGGUGGGUAGUUUUCACUAGUCGUCAACCUACGUUAACUGUUAAACCUCUAAGUGAAACAAGAUGGGAAAGCAGAAUAGAUGCUAUAAAGCCUUUGCGAUAUGAACUUGGUAAAAUAUAUGAUGCACUGCUAGAAAUAGCUGAUGAUACUUCUCUAACUCGAUCCUCAGGAAGCACUGCACGCAGUGAUGCUAAAGCACUUGCGAAUAGUGUUGCAAAGUUUAAGUUCGUGGUUUCAAUUGUUGUAUGGUACAACAUACUUUUCGAAAUCAAUAUAACAAGUAAGCAGCUCCAAGCUAAAGAUUUGGAUAUUCAUGCUGCUGUACAACAGUUACAACACACACAAGUCUAUUUGGUUGACUGUAGGAGUGACAUAGGUUUUGCAAGAAUGCUAGUGGAUGCUGCUGAAAUUGCUAAGGAUUUGGAGAUACCACCAACCUUUGAGGCAGAACCACGAUUACGGCGGAGAAAAAAGCAAUUUGCAUAUGAAGCUGAAGAUGAGCCUGUGCAAGAUCCAAAACAAAAUUUCAAAGUGAAUUUUUUCUUUGCUAUACUUGACACAGCAAUAAGGUCGGUUGAAGAAAGGUUUGAACAAAUGAGAACAAUUGAAUCUGUAUUUGGUUUCUUAUAUCAUACUCAUGGUCUACAGAGUAAAACUUCACAAGAAAUAUUGGAAUGUUGCAUGAAAGUAGAAUCUGCUUUACAACAUGGUGAUAACAGAGAUUUAGUUGCAUCAGAUUUGUGUGGCGAACUACAGUCUAUUGCACGACGACUUUCUGAAGAAACAAAGUCUCCUCAAGAUGUUUUUCGAUUUAUUCUUUGCCAAAACUUGGAAGACAGUCUACCCAACCUUUGUAUUGCUCUUCGUAUUUUGCUGACAUUACCUGUUUCUGUCGCUAGUGGAGAGCGUAGUUUUUCCAAACUAAAAUUGAUAAAGACAUACAUUCGAUCAUCCAUGUGCCAAGACAGAUUGGUUGGGUUGGGAACUCUUUCCAUUGAGCACGAACUUGCAGACAAGCUGGACCUGAAGGACCUUGUGAUCGAUUUUGCCCAGAAAAAGGCACAAAAAGUACAGUUUUGA